UCCUCCUCUGCCUGACUGUAGCUAUGAACGGACCAGCCCUCCUGCUGCUUCUCACUGCCUGUGUGGUCAGUGGAGGAAAUGUGCCUAAAGCCAUGUGGCAGUUUGGGAACGUGAUCAUGUGUUAUCAGCCYGGUGUUAAUCCUCUGGCGUACAACAAUUACGGCUGCUGGUGUGGCUUGGGAGGAACUGGAACUCCGGUGGAUGAAGUGGAUGAGUGCUGUCGAGUUCAUGACAAAUGCUAUGAAGCAAGCAGAAAGGAUCCAGACUGCUCAACCAUUUCUACCCUUCCCCACAUUUUGGUUUAUGAUUUCAGCUGCUCUAACACACAGGUGGAAUGUUCAGAUACCAACGAUAAGUGCCAGRCUGCCGUGUGCGAGUGUGAUCGAGUGGCGGCUAACUGCUUCGCCCAGAAGGAUUACAACCCUGAAAACAAGAACCUGGACCCCACGAUCUACUGCGUUAACUGACCCACAUUAAAUAAUACUCACACAGAUAAUACCUUUCACAUUAGUGAUAAUGAAGAAAAAGACUAAUAAAAUCUGUCAAACAAGGCAGUUACUUUAA